AUGUUUUUCGACGACGAAGAUGAAGGAUUAUUCAAUCACGAAGUAUUUCACGUUGUCCAUCGAGAAUUUUUUUUAGAUGCGUUAAGUUCAAAUCUCGAUGUAUCUCCAUUUGGUUUAAGAAGCGUUCCUACCCAUACUGAAGAUGGAAUACCCAUCAGAAAGUUAUACGUAUCGAAUUUACCACCCAAGACAACUAGAGCAGAACUUUUUGGAGUAUUUGCUCAAUAUGGUUUCAUCAAGAGCUGUUGGCUAAGAAUGGGAGAGAGAUCAAACAGAAGUCCAAUACCAACAUAUGCCUUUGUAACCUACAGUAAUCCUGCUGAUGCCCACAAAGCUUUGCAAGCACCUGUCCAUGAAAAAACUUUGAGAGGUCGCAAUCUUAGAAUAUCACCAGCUGAUAGUUGGCACCAACCUUCAGAAGACGCUGAUGGUAAAGUUCGCUGGUCGAACAAUCGCCGAGAGGAUGGUAGAAAUACACCCAGCUGGACUAAUGAUCUACAAAAUGCCAUUGAUGCAGUUGAAACAUCGGAGACAGUUGAACCGGAAAUCAAAGAGACCAGUGAAGAAGUUACUGAUGAGCAACCACAAGAUGAAAGUGAAGAAGAGCCUUAUAACAUACUAGAUAUACUGAACAGAGAUUGUUUAACGCACAUUCUAACCUAUGUUCCUAUUAGAGACCUAAUCAGAUCUGAAAGAGUUAGCAAACAAUGGCAAAGCAUGGUUCAAGAGUAUUUGCAAGGUAUCCGUAUGUUCAAGACAUCGUGGUGGCAGCACGUGCCGGUGACGCUGACCACGGCGGUGCUGCGGCGCGUGCUGCAGCGCGUGGGCGGCGCGCUGCUGCGCCUGCACAUCGACCACCACUGGUCCGCGCUCAACGACCGCACCGCGCACACCGUCGGCAAGUUCUGUCCCAACCUCGAGGAGCUCAAGGUAGUUGGAAUGCAUACGAAAAAUUGGAACCCAUUGAUCUAUGGAUGCAAGCAGCUUAGAAGCCUCUCGUUUGUGUCAUGCAACAAGUUGACAGACUCGAGCUUAGUGCAUCUGGUGAAGAACGAUUCCUGCAUAGAAAGUCUAACGGUCGCCAACAACACUCACGUGACGGGCUUGUUCUUAACGGGCUCGAAUCCUUCCAAACUUUCGUCUCUCUCGUUCUACAACUGCUACAGUCUUCAAGGAACGGUUCUAAGCGCUGCCAUCGACACUCUACCGAGCUUAACUACUCUUAAGUUGGACCUCUGUCCUAUCACCAUGUGGAAAAUAAUCCCGCUAAUAUUGAGCAAGCUUCCAAAGUUAGAAGAGCUCUCACUAAGUGAGUACACGUCGUCGGAACUGUGCCUACCCAAUGUCAACAGUGAAGCCUUCUUAAAUGCGAUGGCCGGUCUGACUGAGUUGAAGAUAUUGAAUUUGAGCAGAAACAUUUACAUAACAAAUGCUGUGCUAAAAGUCGUCGCUCAAUCUUGCCCAAAAUUGGAGUCGCUGAAUGUUUCCAGUUGUAAUUCCAGAAAAACUUUCCCUGUCUCUGUUUCAGGUAUAGGCGACGAAGGCGUAUUAGCAGUGUGCGCCGCGUGCGCGUCGCUCGAGCGCUUGGACGUGUCGUACCUGGCGCAGCUGAGCGACGCGGGCGCUCGCGGCGCGGCGCGCCUGCCGCGCCUGGCCGCGCUCACGGCGCGCGGCAACCCCGCGCUCACCGACGCGCCCUUCGAGGCGGUGCUGCGCGGUUGCCCCGCGCUGCGCGACCUCGACCUGUGCGGCUGCGACCACGUGACCGACGCGCUCGUGGGCGCCGCUCGCGCCGCGCUCGACGACGCGCCGCGCGCGCUCACGCUGCGUCUUGCCUCUACCGCCGCCGCGCUCGUCGACCGACAGCACAUAUAUUAUGAACACCACAAACUGCUGACAGUGAACCUGUAUGAAGAUAGGAGCAACCCUCAACUGCGGCCCGACUUUGUAGAUCACAUCUUCGAAGAGAACUCUGAUGGUUCCUUGGAUGACAUGCUUUAUGAUCAUGAGGACUAUGACUUUCUGGGUGCAGAUGUUGAUAUAUUUCUGGACGAGGACUACGAAGACCACGAUGACGUCGUACAGUUCCACGGGCCAAUGGGCAAUAUACUGCUGCUC